UUUAGACUCUGAAUUUUCAUUUCCGGUUAUGAAAAAAUGGCAUUUGCAAAAAGACCACAUGGUCCUAAUCUUUUGAUAACAGGAACUCCUGGAACAGGAAAGUCAACUUUAGCAGCAGAACUUGCUCAGAAGACAAACUUAAAAUAUGUUAACAUUGGGGAGAUUGCCAAGGACGGUCAGUUAUAUGAGGGAUGGGAUGAACAGUACCAGUGUCCAAUUCUGGAUGAAGACAGGGUUAUAGAUGAAUUAGAGGAAGUCAUGUCUGCUGGUGGAAACAUUGUAGAUUAUCAUGGAUGUGAAUUUUUCCCAGAGAGAUGGUUUGAUAUCGUCUUUGUACUUAGAACAGAUAACACAGUAUUGUAUGAAAGACUUGAGAACAGGGGCUAUUCGGGGAAAAAACUGGAAGACAACAUCCAAUGUGAAAUAUUUCAAACAAUCCUGGAUGAAGCUAGAGACUCAUAUAAAGUUGAAAUAGUGCAUGAACUACCCAGUAACACUCCUGAUGAUCUGGAGGAUAAUUUAGAGAAAAUCUCAGCAUGGAUUCAACAGUACAACAUAAACCAGGGAGCCAUUGUAUAGCCUCCUAGUGAAGUGUCUUCAAUGAUACUUGUACACUGUACUGUGCAAAGUUUUGUCAGAAAAUACUGUGGAAUCAUUUAAAUUCGUGGGGGUCAAUGUUUGUGGGCAGGCAAAAUUUUAUUGGUUCGUGGGGAUGUAAUUUCGUGGGCAGCUCGUUUAUUUGGUAGGUUUAAUUAAUCAGUAUGUUGACAAAAAAAUUGUUCGUGGGGAUGUAAAUUCGUGGAUAAGGGUCACCCACGAAAUCCACGAACAUUGAUCCCCCACGAACAAUGAUGAUUCCACAGUAGUGGUUGUAAUUUUGAAUUUCUUUCCCAAUUAUACCAAUUUAACUAAUGAAUUGUUCUAAACUAUGCAAGAAUUCAAAAACAAGAUCCAAAUUAAGAGAAAUAUUAAUGCAAUCUGAAAAUGAAAAAAAAAAAAAUUGAAGUUUCCACGUUAUCCUUAAUGAAAAAACCUGGAUUUGUCAAUUUAUAAAUAUGAUGUACAUGUAUAUAGAUGCUAUUCCCUUUACAUAAAUACUACAUGUAUGUAUUAUUCUUACAGUACUUUGUAGCAUUUAAUCAGUCUUAUAAUGACAGUAAAAGUUGUUGUAACAAUAUAUAUGCAUACAAAUUACUUGAUGUUUGGCAACAUUUCUUCCAUUUGAAUAAUGUUCAUACAUGUACCGGUACUUUAACAUUAUCUAUGAAUUAUUUUAGCUCUGCUGGUCAGAAGAGCUUGUGAGAUAGUAAGGUGUUCGUCGUCCAUCUGUCUAUGAACAAUUUUUCAAAAUGCUACUCCUCCAAUAUUUUUUGUUUUAUUUUGAUUUAGUUUGGCAUACAAGUAGACUACCGGGGGUACGCUAAUAUAUAAGGUACUGAAUUCCGUGUAUCAGUUUUGGAUUUCGAUGAACUGUGUUUCCAUGGUUAUGAAAAAUAGACAUUUCUGUGAAAUUCAUUCAAAAUGCUACUCCUCCUACAGUUUUGGUCUGAUUUCAGUAUAACUUAGCACAAGUAGACCACACUAAAAUACAUAAUUCUUUUAUUGGUUUUUGAUUUUGAGACUAAACUAAGGAUCAUUAUUCUAUGUAUUGCUAUUGCAUAGUUUCAAGUCCAAGUGCUACUUUUCCUUUCCUUUGCUUAUGUACAAACCAGUAGAGCGACAAUCUUAUUAGAGACUUCUGGUUCCUUUUAUGGAACUUACAGUGCAGACAGAGCAUUUACAAGACCUACAUAAAUUACUGUUUGGUGCAAUUGCACAUAUAAAGUUGCAUUCACCACUUCAUUUUAUUCAAGUGUAAAUUGCAUUUUUCUCCAAAUAUGACUGCUAAUGAAACUUUUUAUUGUUUCAAUAUGGUCAUGAUGGUGUAUUUUCUUGAUUGACUUUUAUUUCAAUGACUGUUUAUACUGACAUGGGAUUUAAUAGAUACAGUACUGCAACAUGAGGAAUGGACUAGUCAGUUUAAAACAAAUAAUUUUGAUUUCUAGUAAUUAUUAUGUUACAAUACAUCCUGUGCAGUCUAUUUUAAUGCAAAUAAAUUGAUAUGUGUCUAUGGACAAUUUAAGGUAAAUUAUUAUCAAAAUAUUAUUUUUAUAUAAUAAUAUUUCAGUUAUUUUGAUUUGCAGCAAAAACUGUUGUUGUCCUCUUUUGUUUGUUUGUUUGAAUAAUGAGAAUAAUGUAAAUAAAAUUAAAUAUCAGCUA